ACGGCACGGCUGGCGAGCCCCCAGCUCCCCGAGCGCCUCCUGAGCGCGCGCUCUUCCUCCCUGUCUCUUUCUGUCUCUUUCCCGGAUAAAGGAUGAAGAACCCAAUGCUGGAGGUGGUGUCCCUGCUCCUGGAAAAGCUGCUUCUCCUGUCCAACCUCAAACUGUUCAGCUGGAGCGCGGCCCCCGGGGAAGAGCAGCCGCCGCUGCCGCCGCCGCAGCAGCAGCAGCAGGGCAAGGGGAACUUAUACGACAUCGGCUCCUUCCUCCGCGGCGACGUACUGGAGGUGCCUCGGACUCAUCUGACCCACUACGGCAUCUACCUGGGGGACAACCAGGUCGCUCACCUGAUGCCCGACAUCCUGCUCGCGCUGACCGACGACAAGCUGCUGACCCAGCCGGUGGUGUCCAAUAAGAGGCUGAUUUUGGGAGUCAUCUGCAAGGUCGCCAGCAUCCGGGUGGACACGGUGGAGGACUUUGCUUACGGCGCCAACAUUCUGGUCAACCACCUGGAUGAGUCGCUGCAGAGGAAGGCGCUGGGCAACGAGGAGGUGGCCCGCCGGGCAGAGAAGCUGCUGGGCAUGACUUCGUAUAGCCUCCUGUGGAACAACUGCGAGCACUUUGUCACGUACUGUAGAUACGGUGCCCCAAUCAGCCCCCAGGCAGACAAGUUUUGUGAGAACGUGAAGAUAAUAAUCCGGGACCAGAGAAGUGUCCUUGCUUCAGCCAUCCUGGGAUUGGCAUCAAUUGUCUGUCUAGGCUUGGCACCUCAUACUACUCUUCCUGCCAUCUUUAUUCCAUUCUGCUUAUGGAUGGCUGGCUAAACAUAUACCAACCCUGUGUCAGUGUGUGUAUUCUAAAUCUAUGAUAUAUUUAUAGAGCACAAAUCAGUAUAAGCAUUGUGUAAAGAAAAAAAAAUGUGACCUGUAACAUUGUGUUCUGGAUAAAGAUGUGAUUAAGAAUCACACAAAGUGCUUACUGUGUAAAGCCAAAGAGCCAGGCUGGCUUUCUGAAUCUUUUUCAGGCAGCUAAGUUUUGUAAAGCACCUUCCAAACCUUGGAAACACAGCGUCUUGUGACCAAGUACUGUAAAACUACUUUCUUAUCAAGACAGACACAACAGCACAGAAGAGGACUAGUAAUGUUUUUUUUUUUUCCCUUGCUCUUGUAAUUACUGCUCUUUUAUGUCAGGCCUACAUUUGAGGGUUAAAAAGGUUCUGAUGUCUAGUGCAAACUGUUACUCUCAUUACUGUUGUAAGUUCAAUGUAGGUUAUAUGAAUGAGACAGGAUAAUAAACUAAAAACCAUUCCCCUGAUUCAGAAGGAAACAUCCAUAUGUUUUUCAUUAUGUUUUCUUUUCUGGUAAGUGUCCCUGCACUCAAUUGAAAUCAUUUGAGCUUGAUAGAGGAUGUAGGUUUGAAGUAAUUUGGUAAGGAGGCCUAUAAAUAAAGCAUGCCAAUAUAUCAGAGGGAAGAUGAACCUUCAGAAUGUAGCUUGUUUAUCCUUCUCAUAAUAGAACCAAGAUGGAAACAAAUUUGUGGAAUAAUGGCACCCGUAUACCUUUGUUUGACAUUCAUGAAGACUUGUGCUUCCUCUUGAACCUUUCGGUUAACCUAGGUAACAAGUCCUAUUGUGGUUUUGUUGUCUUCAGUGGUGUUGGACUCUUCGUGACCCCAUUUGGGAUUUUCUUGGCAAAGCUACAGGAGGGGUUUGCCUUUUUCUUCUCCAUCU